AUGACAAAAAACUCGUUAGCCGACGAUAUAAUUGCUACAGAGGAGGAUCCUCCGGCAUAUACACCACCAGAGAAUGGCGCCUGUGAAGCCAACAGUUCGAAGACUAAGCCUUCACCUCCGGCUACCGAUCAACCAGCAGCUCCCAAGGCUGAUAAACCAAAACCCGUCAAGAAGAGUGUGGACAAAAAACCAAAAAUCCUGGCAAUUAAUAGAAAUAAUUCCCCGCAGCCUGGAUCAAUCUAUAUAAUCAACGAAAGCACAACCUCAAAAGUUAUCACGAACAAAGGAGGAAAGGUUGUUUUGACGGAAUAUAACGGAGAGCCAAAGAAAUCUCAAAAAUGGGUUUGUCAACGGUCUGGAGGUUGGUUGGGGUUUACAAAUGAUGCUGGGUCGGACACUACAUACCUCGGACAUGAUCACAGAGGAAUAUUGAUUUGCACGGCGACGUGGCAUUUACCUUGGGAGCAUUUUAAUGUCCAUAAGAGGGAAGGAGAUGGGUUCGAAUUUAUGGUCAGGCAUUGGUUUGGAAGUUUACCUCUAGGAUAUCGAGAUGACGGCGCAAAUUUGGGAAAGAGAGAGAUACCAGAUACUUGGUGGGGUUUUACUAAGGUCGUAUGA